CUCAUCUCUCAAUCAAUUCCCUCCACUUUUCUAUCAAGAAGAGUGGAAGAGAAGUAGAAAAGAGAAAAAUAUAAAAUAUAAAAGAAAAUGGCCUUGCAAUAUUCAAUUUUGCUUCUUUUUCUAACGUCUUUUCUAGCUGCGUGUUCCAUUUCCUCUGCUUCAGUUCAAGAUCCUGAACUAGUUGUGCAUGAAGUACACAGGAGUAUCAAUGCCUCUAGGAGGAACUUGGGGUAUUUCACAUGCGGGACAGGAAACCCAAUCGACGAUUGCUGGAGGUGCGACCCCAACUGGGAGAGGAACCGCCAGCGGCUAGCUGAUUGCGCAAUCGGGUUCGGCAAGGACGCGAUCGGGGGCAAAAACGGGAGAAUCUAUGUUGUUAGCGACUCGGGCGACGAUGACCCAGUAAACCCUAGACCCGGAACCCUAAGACACGCGGUGAUACAAAACGAACCGCUAUGGAUCAUAUUCAAAAGAGACAUGGUGAUCCAGCUUAAGGAAGAGCUGGUCAUGAACUCGUUCAAGACCAUCGACGGCCGAGGCGCCAGCGUCCACGUCUCCGGAGGCGCGUGCAUUACGAUACACUACGCCUCAAACAUCAUCAUUCAUGGAAUCCAUAUCCAUGACUGUAAGCCAGGACCGAGUGCUAUUAUAAGAGACUCUCCCAACCACGCCGGGCAUUGGACGCAGUCGGACGGCGACGGGGUUUCGAUAUUCGCGAGCCGACACAUUUGGGUUGACCACUGUUCGCUGUCGAAUUGCCAGGAUGGCCUGAUUGAUGCCAUCCAUGGUUCGACGGCCAUCACCAUCUCCAACAACUACUUCACACACCAUGACAAGGUUAUGCUGUUGGGCCAUAGUGACGAGUAUACGCAGGACAAGGACAUGCAGGCCACCAUUGCCUUUAAUCAUUUUGGAGAAGGUUUGGUCCAGAGAAUGCCAAGGUGCAGACAUGGUUAUUUCCACGUCGUGAACAACGACUACACGCACUGGGAAAUGUAUGCCAUCGGCGGGGGGGGCUCACCCCACAACAACAACCCAGGAAAACCGCGGUUCAAGAAGGAGGUGACAAAGCACGAGGACGCGCCGGAAAGCGAGUGGAGGCGCUGGAACUGGAGGUCGGAAGGAGAUCUCUUCCUCAACGGUGCUUAUUUCAGGCAAACCGGCGCAGGCGCAUCGUCGAGCUACGCUAGGGCUUCAAGCCUCAGCGCAAGGCCUUCCUCCCUUGUCGGCUCAAUAACCGUCACCUCCGGUGUUCUCAGCUGCAAGAGGGGAUCACACUGCUGAUCAUUAUAUAAUAUAUGGCAUUUGUGCCAUAUAUAUAUAUAUAAUAUGUUAUUUUCAGCUUAACUUAUUUCUAUAAGCUUUAUAACUGCUGGUAGCAAAGGCUAAAGGAUAUAUACUAGAAGGUUUUAUCAUUAUAAAUUUGUUGCCUUGCAGUUUUAGUAUCCUUUUAUAUAAUGAUCAAUGAGAUCAGUUUGUAGCUUUUUUGUAUGUUUUCAGUUUUAUUUUACCUUUUGACUUAUAAUUAGUAUAUCGUCUUGCGGAUGAUCACUUGCAACCUCUGCCUAUUAGCUUAAUGUAAUGAGCCGCGCAGAGAGCAAGUGC